UCGUAAUCCUCGGGUCCACAAAAGCCACGAUCUUACCCAUAUCCCGUGACGUAGUUGAUUUGCAGAGGCUGUAUUCUGUCUCCUUGGGUUCUUCUUCAUUAUAUACUGACUACUCCAAGAUUCGGAUAAUGAAGAGAAUACAGGUAGCCUUUCUCCGCUCACAACCAGCAGUCAAAUCCGUUCGCAUGUCGGGUACCAUGUCCUACGCUGCUGCCGCCGGCGCGACGAAGUUUUCUCGUCCGACGGCGAAUAGCACAGACAAGCAACAACAGCAACAAUCGGCGCCCUCACAGCCUCCCAACCACGCACUGCAAUCGCAAUUAGACCCCAAUAGGGGAGCCGAAAGAACUCAUCAUCCCAGCCACACCACUCCGCCACCGAAUCCUUACCACACCCCACGAACCUCUUCCCCCGAAGCCAACGUCUACGUUCUCACCCUCCGCACCACCUCGUCCAUAAGCGAACCUUUAGCCGCCCUGCGAAAUACCUACUUCCCGGCACACCUCAAUAAGAUACCCGCCCACAUAACGCUCUUCCACGCGCUUCCCGCCUCACGAUAUGCUGUCUUUGACGCUACCAUCUCCGCCCUCGCGCGAAACGUACGCCCCUAUGCCAUCUCCACGGGCCGCCCACGGCGCAUGCGCAAGGGCAUACUCGUGUUGUUAGCAGAAGGAAACAAACAGACGCGGGGGCUUCGCGCGGACUUGCUAGAGAACUUCCUGCAAGACGAGAUCCACGAAAGCGAGUCCUCUUCGCAGGAAGGGCAGGAAAAUAGCAGCGAAAGCGGUGAGGAGGUACAAGGUUGGCUAAGUGAGCAGGACCGCAAGCCUACUUCGGCUUGGACCCCACAUUGGACCAUUAUGAACAAGGUCGACGAUGGGGACAAGGUCCAGGAAGCGCUCGCGACGGUGACUGGGAGCUUGCAUAAUGCUCCUGAGCGCGGGACGGCGGAGGGUUUGGUGCUCUGGAAGUAUCUGGUUGGGGGCAGGUGGGAAGAGGUCAAGGAGUAUCGUUUUGGUCGCGGCAUAUAG